GGGCUGCGCCGCGCGGAGCCGCGGGCUGCGGGGCCCAGGAGCCAGGGACCGCCCGUGCCCACCGGACCCCGCCAUCGGGAUCGGCGGGGAGCGCGGGCGGAGGGGGAGGAGGCGGCGCGUCGCAGCGGCGCGGGAUCCCGCGGAGCCGCGCGCAGACCCGCCGGCCGUCGGGGGCGCGGCCGGCCGCCCGAGCCCGCACCUGUCCGGCCGCUGUUCAGCCGCAGCCCGCGGCCUCGGAGGCGGCUGAGGCGAGGCCGGCGCCCGGGAGGAAGCGGCGCCCGGCCCGAGGCCUCGGACCGCGCGCCCCGCCCGCCCCGCGCUCGCGGCACCAUGGCCCCCACGCUGCUGCUGGUCCUCUGCCUGCUGCCCGGCUUGCACGCGCGGUCCGGGAGGGCGGAGGAGGAGGAGCAGGAAGACACGGCGCCGAACCGGAAGUGGGUCUUGGCCCCCAAAUCCCAGGACACGGACGUGACGCUCAUUCUCAACAAGCUGCUGAGAGAAUACGACAGGAAGCUGCGGCCGGACAUGGGCAUGAGACCCACCGUCAUCGACGUCGACAUCUACGUGAACAGCAUCGGGCCUGUGUCGUCCAUAAACAUGGAAUACCAGAUCGACAUCUUUUUUGCGCAGACCUGGACGGACAGCCGUCUCCGCUUCAACAGCACCAUGAAGAUCCUGACCCUCAACAGCAACAUGGUGGGGCUGAUCUGGAUCCCCGACACCAUCUUCCGCAACUCCAAGACGGCCGAGGCCCACUGGAUCACCACCCCCAACCAGCUGCUGCGCAUCUGGAACGACGGCAAGAUCCUCUACACGCUGAGGCUCACCAUCAAUGCCGAGUGCCAGCUGCAGCUGCACCACUUCCCCAUGGACGAGCACUCCUGCCCGCUGAUCUUCUCCAGCUAUGGCUACCCCAAAGAAGAAAUGAUCUACAGAUGGAGGAAGAACUCCGUUGAGACGGCUAACCAGAAGUCCUGGCGGCUUUAUCAGUUUGACUUCAUGGGCCUCAGGAACACCACGGAAGUCCUGACGACAUCUGCAGGGGACUACGUCAUCAUGACCAUCUACUUUGAGCUGAGCCGGCGGAUGGGGUACUUCACCAUUCAGACGUACAUCCCCUGCAUCCUGACCGUGGUCCUGUCCUGGGUGUCAUUCUGGAUCAAGAAAGACGCCACACCAGCGAGAACAGCACUAGGCAUCACCACGGUGCUGACCAUGACCACGCUCAGCACCAUCGCCAGGAACUCGCUGCCCCGCGUGUCCUACGUGACCGCCAUGGACCUCUUCGUGACUGUGUGCUUCUUGUUCGUCUUCGCUGCUCUGAUGGAGUAUGCCACCCUCAACUACUACUCCAGCUGUAGGAAGCCAGCCACCAUGAAGAAGAAAACAUCAUUAUUGCGUCCAGACUCCUCAAGGUGGAUCCAUGAGCGGAUAACCCUGCAGGCCCCCUCCGUCAGUGGUCGCCAACCAGUGGUCCGUGAGGUCCGAAAGGUUGGUGACCGCUGCUCUAGGUCCAUCCAUGCUGUUGUAAAUGAACUACUCCCUCCUGGACGUGCGGCCCCCACCGCCCGCGAUGGUCACCUUCAACAACUCCCUGUACUGGCAGGAACUGGAGGAGACCUGCGUCUACGAGUGUCUCGACGGCAAGGACUGUCAGAGCUUCUUCUGCUGCUACGAAGAGUGCAGAUCCGGGUCCUGGAGGAAAGGGCGCAUCCACAUAGACAUCUCGGAGCUGGACGCCUACUCCCGCGUCUUCUUCCCCACGUCGUUCCUGCUCUUCAACCUGGUCUACUGGGUCGGGUACCUGUAUCUCUGAGCGUUGCUGGCGGUGAGGAGGGACUGUGCCAGGCUCCCCUCGCUCCCUGCCGCCCUCCCAGGCCCCUAGUGACCGACCGAUCGGAGUAGCAAGGAGGGCGCGGCUCGGUUUACCUGUCCUCACACCUCACCCCACCUCUGAGCAGCGUGGGAGAACACGGCAAACAUCCUCAUCAUGUGUUUCACCCUCA